AUGACAGAAAAUAUUUCAUCCAUUCUACAAGGAGGCUAUAAUCAUCCAACUUUAAGAUUAUGGCAAUCCGAUAGAAUUUUAAGAAAAGCAUCAUUGAUGUAUCCAAUUUUUAUAAAUGGUAAAGAUGAUAAUGCCGAAGAACCAAUUUCUUCUUUACCUGGUCAAAAAAGUCCAGUUAUUUUAGCCGUAAAACUUAUCCGUGAAAAAUUUCCCGAAUUAUAUAUUGCUUGUGAUGUCUGUCUUUGUGGAUAUACUUCUCAUGGACAUUGCGGAAUUUUGAAUGAUGAUGGUUCUAUUGACAAUCUUAGCACUGUUAAUCGAUUGGCUGAAGUCGCUACAAAUUAUGCUAAAGCGGGUGCACAUUGUGUGGCACCAUCAGAUAUGAUGGAUGGCCGAGUUAUAAUGAUUAAAGAAUCCUUAAUUCGUGAAGGAUUUGGGAAUAAAGUCGCAUUAAUGAGUUAUAGCGCGAAAUUCGCGAGUGCAUUUUAUGGACCAUUUAGAGAUGCUGCUGACUCUGCACCUCAAUUUGGUGACCGUAAAACUUAUCAACUUCCACCAAAUGCUAGAGGUUUAGCACGCCGAGCAAUUACUCGAGAUCUUGGAGAAGGUGCUGAUAUUAUUAUGGUUAAACCAGGAAUGCCGUAUUUAGACGUUGUUCGUGAUGCCAAAGAAUUAGCUCCUGAUGUUCCAAUUGCUGUUUAUCAAGUAUCAGGUGAAUUCGCAAUGAUUUGGCAUUCAGCAGAAGCAAAAGUGUUUGAUCUUAAAACAGCUGUAUUUGAGAGUAUAGAUGGAUUUUUGAGAGCUGGUGCAAAUAUAAUUAUUACUUAUUAUACCCCACAACUUCUUGAUUGGUUAGAGGCAUAA